AUGGCGCCGCCGCUCGUCAGCAGCUCAGCCGUACUCCGACGACUACGGGCGCACAGCAUGCUGCCACGGCUGCUCGUCUUCUUGCUCGCCGCCGUCAUCGUCGUGCCAAGGAGUGCCUCUGCGAUCACCCGGCGUGACUUCCCGGAGGGGUUCGUCUUCGGCGCAGGGUCCUCGGCUUUCCAGGUGGAAGGGGCAGCUGCAGAGGAUGGGAGAACACCCAGCAUUUGGGACACCUUCACCCAUGAAGAUGGAAGAGGAAAGAUCAAUCCAAAAGGCUUGGAAUACUACAACAAUCUCAUAGACGAACUGAUACUGCAUGGACUAGGAGACGCCCCCGGCACGCCGAGCGCGAUCGAGUACGACGACGAGCCCAGGAUCGAGUUCCUGCAGGACUACCUGGAGGUUCUGUACCUCUCCAUACGGAACGGGUCGGACGCACGGGGCUACUUCGUGUGGUCGUUCCUGGACGUGUUCGAGUUCAUCUUCGCCUACAGGAUGCGCUUCGGCCUGUGCGGCGUCGACAUGAACGCCGGGGCGCGCACGCGCUACAUGCGGAGCUCCGCGCGCUGA